AUGUCGUCGACGAGCAGUAUAUGCUCUUCAAAUGAUGCUGAUUUCAUCGUUGACACACGGAUUCCGUCGUCGAUUCGAAGGGAUAUUGAUCGAUUUUCAGUCUUCAUAAAUCGGCUGAGAGCGACUUUGGAUCUCAAUUCAUCCGUAGUUGACGGUGAAUCAAUGUGUGUGAAUGUUCAUGCAUCUUUGGAAAUGGUGUCUGAAUCGAUGCGAGACUUAUUCAAAUAUCCUCAAUUCAAGACGAAUCCCAUCAUUUUGCUGUCUCUUCAACUUGUGCAAGCCGUCAAAGACUUGAAAUUCGAUACGUGCUCAGUGGAUACGACACCAGUGCUGAACAUUAUCGAUCAGUUGGAAUCAGCUGUUUUAAACAUCAUUCUAAACCGUCACAUUGUCUCAUCAGUUCAUCAUACACCCAGUAGAAGUUCCACAUUAGGACGUUGGAAACAGAAUAACUCAACUGAUUCAUAUCUCCGGCACAGUGGAUCGCCCAAUUCAAUAUCACAAACAUUGCAAAGGAGGCACUCAACUCACCAAACACAUCCAGAUCCAAAUGAUCAAUCGACUGAAAAAGUGAUGGAGAUCGACAAAUUGCUGAUCUCCCGAGCUGAUGGUGUCGACGUGGCAUUUGAGAGAACGAAAGCAUGGAGCACUUACAGUAAAGAUGUGAUAGCAUACGUGAGAGCACGAAUACAAUUGGAACAAGAUCAUGCAAGAAAAGUACAUACACUGGUCGAUACUUCCCGAAGAGAUAUCAAUAAACCAUUCAUGCCGUUAAGGGAAAUAUUUGAAAACUCAUUCGACACUGAAGUGGAAAUGGUAACACAUACAAAGGAAACAACGGAACAUUUAAAAGAUCGGGUUGUGGAGGCAUUAGAUGCACGAAGAAAAGAACACGAUACGGUUAGAAAUGCAUUGAAAGUCGAGUGGACGAAAGCAAUGAAAGCAUUGCAUGACAGUGAAGAAGCUUACGAAAAGUCAAAAAUCACUUUGCGAUUACGGGAAGAUGCGCUGAAAAAGGCAAGAGAAAGUUGUCUACGAACUGAAAGUUCACCUCCAGAACGGGAAGCUUCGAGAAGAAGAAGAGAUUUGGAGAAGAAGAAUCGGGCAGUUGAAGAGGCUAUGAUCAAGAAGGAAGAAGCUGAGAGACAGGUGAUGACAAUAACAGCUGAAUUACGAAACAAAAGGAGAAGCAUCGAUAAACUGAAAGAAAGCAUAGUCGAACGGCUUCGUGAGCUCAUAUUCCAGUGUGAGCAGACAACAAAGGCGUGCACAGUUCAUUAUUUCACGUCACUGGCGGCGCUUUGGGCGCGAUUGCCGGGAGCAUUUCACGAAUUAUCGAAUGCGACAAGAGACUAUCAACCAGGUACCGAGUACAUGGCAUUCUUGCAAACUCUGCCCACUCGAGCUGCCAGUAGUAGCAGCCUUGUCAGAUCGGAUCGUUCGAUUGACGAAGGUGUAGCAUCAUGCGAUGGGUCAUCUUCAUUAACAUCUCUUCGAAGAAAUGCAAUAAAUCCAGAUGACGAGGGAGCACUUCCUGAUACAAAAAGACAUAAGAAAACUAGCUACGCUGGUCGAACAUUCGAUAACCAUGAAAUCUCGACUGCAGCUCAAUCUCAUCACAUUCAACGAACAGUUCAACCAUCGAAAUGCUCUGCUUGUGACACUUUGUCUAUCCUUUACACAGUCCAGUGUAUUGAUUGUGGGGGACAAUGGCAUAAAGCUUGUUUUCCACGAAUUCAACAAGUAUGUGGACAAGCAUCAAAACUGGUCGAUCGUCGAACAUCGAUAUUUGGAGUACCUUUGAAAGGACUUCUUGAACACCAGAAUAGGCAUAUCCCGUUGAUUAUCGAAAAGAGUAUUGAUCAGUUGCAGAGGCGAGGAUUGAGAGCAAAAGGAAUAUAUCGAACAUGUGGUGUGAAGUCAAAAAUCGAAGAGAUCUGCAACUCAUUCGAGCGGAGUUCUUCUGAUGAUGAAGUCUGUCUUGAAAAUGAAAAUCCAAUGAACUUGGCUUCAGUUGUGAAGUUAUAUCUGCGGAAACUGCCUGAACCUCUUCUUACUUUUGAAUUGUAUGAUGAUUUCGUAAAAUUAGGAACUGAAUGUUGCUCUGCUCAAGCAUCUGGAUCGAAUUGUGAAGAAGAGAAAGUCGAACAAUUGAGACAACUUGUCAGAAAAUUACCGGUGCAUAACUACGAGACGCUCAAGUUUAUUAUGCUUCAUUUGAAUAGGGUUUCAUGGUUUCACGAAGUGAAUCUUAUGGGUGCAUCCAAUUUAUCAACUGUAAUAGCUCCUUCUCUAAUAUGGAUGUCUCCGAAACGAAUAGAUCAUACAUCGGCAAUUCGAGAUGCACAAUAUACGAACAAAUCGAUUGAAGUGAUGAUCAGAAAUUCAUAUACGAUAUUUGGAAUGGAUCGACAAGCUGAUUGGCAGAGUUUCUUCUCUCGAUACAGUGUUGAAGAGCCACCGAAAGAAGAAGAAGAUUGUGGAAAUGAAUCUGAUAUUGAGGAUGAUAUUGAAGAUUUGGAUGAUCAGGAUAGGUCAGAUGACGAUGAGGAUGAAGCGAUUUUCCUUCCUCCAACACCAGAUAUUCUGAAAGCGACAAGGAAACCAGUGGAACAGACUACGUCUCUUCCCAAUCCAAAAUUGCCAGUAGAAAGAGUAUCAAGUGGUCGACGAUCAAAUAACAAUGAACCACCACCAACAGUUCAAAGAAGGACCACUGACGUGGCAAGACGAGGUGAUAUGGGUGAUAAGAGAAAGAGUUAUACAACAUCGAUCGUGAUCGCUCCACGAGAUGGAUCACCUGACCAUGUAGAUCAAAUUCAGAUAAUCGAACGGGAUGUUUAUGACAAGAGGCCAUCAUUAGAACAGGAAAAGUGCUACUCUUUGGCGAACGAAUGUGUACAGUCUACGGGGGGUAACUCGGAAAACAAAUCGAAAUCAUCGCUUUCUUCAACGCCAAUCGACCGCCGAAGAGGAAUUCGACGUGGUGGACGUCGAAAUGAGCCGGAAAGGAAUCGCGGUUCCGACGAUGACGAUUGUAUCACCAAUGACAAUUCCACAACCCACCCAGAAUAG